AGCGCUUCACUCCAGAUUUAUUGUCCUCUUUUUUUCUCACUCGUCGCAAUUCAUCAACCCCACCUUUCUCACUGGUUGCGAUCAUUGAUGCGCAUUUCCCGGCGCUUAGCGCUUGACCGCCAGUCACUCGAAACCAGCGACAAUGGCUAACAUUACGACCAGUCCGCAGCUGUCGCCUGCGAAUUCGCAACGUUUUGCGACAGCAUCACAAGAAAGUAUUGGGAUCAUCAACGCCAUGCCUCCCAGACGUCGCCUGCGGGCAACCGCGAGCCCGUCUCCCGGGCCGCAGGGCUCAAGAGCCUCGACCCCCGCAAGGGAUCCCGUGACGGGACGAGUCAUUUCCGAUCUGGGAGGAAAAGCUAGAACGCCCGUUCCCGCCAAAUACAGCACUUCUUACGGUUCGCCAAUCACGCAGCUACCGGACCGGGCCGCGGUUGGCGGCGGCGGCAACAUCACCAAAGCCGCCGCUGAAAUCUUUACCAAGGUGAAGAGGGACAACGUCGCUGCGGAAGCCCGUCGCCGAGCAAAGGAUUUGGCAAGGGCGGCACGGGCCGGUUCUAGGGACACGACCGCUUCUCCGCCUUCGCCGAUGAUACGGCCUACGAUUGAGGUGGAUGGGGCAGAAUUUGAGGAGGAGAGUGUGGAGGAGGAGCAGUCGAAUGGAGAAGACGGGAGCGAGUACGAGGAUCAGGAUGAACCGCGGACAAAACGACGCCAACCCCCCAGAAAGCCCGCGCCGAAAGACGCCCGGAAGAGGGCCCGCGACGAUGAGGAAGCGGAAGCGCGUUCUGAGAAAGAGCGGAAGGAAAGAGAUGCGCGGUUGAGGCGGGAGCGGUCCGUAGAAGCUGGGGAAGCUCGCAGCCGCCGGGUUCAGAAGCUGGCCGAGGCCCAGGCCGCAGCCCAGGAGAAAGCGGAGCGAGAACGCAAAGCGGAGGAGGAACGGAAAGCCGAACAGGAGCGGAAAGCAGAACAGCGGCGGAACGCCGCCCAGCAACGGAAGGCGGAGCAGCAAAAGAAAGCGGAACAGAAACGAGAGGCUGAACAGCAACGGAAAGCCGAAGAAGAACGGAAAGCGGAGCAGCAACGACUUGCCGAACAAGCAGCACGGGAGGAGGCGGCGAGAGCGGCUAUGCCUCCCCCGCCUCAACCACUCAUACCACGACCUGCUCUCGAUAUGACCCUGACUCCGAAGAACUCCGCUUUACCGACGGAUCUCAGUGGUGACCGACCUGGGUCAGCGCGUAGUUUCGUCGAGGAAAGCAACUUGUUUCAUGAGGCAAACGUCCAAACACCAACCCCGCCGCCCCCGCCCAAGGACAUGCGUCGAACAGGCCUAGCUGCACCGCCUUCGCCACCUCAACCCGCCCAACCAUUCGAAGAAGAGCCACAACUGCCCACAUCUCCCCCGGUUGAGCACGCCUCACCCCCGAGUGUGCUAAAAAGACCUCCAAGGCGGCCGGGCGGCACCACGCCAGCUUCCCGGCGAGAGCGACCGCCGGAUCCCAAUCAGUACCGCGGAAGUAUCCCACACACACCGCCAGCGAGUGGGUCUCCGGAGCUGGAGGAUGUGGGCGGGUCGUCACAAGAAACGCUGGCUGAUCCAGAUGUCGCCAUGGAUUAUUUGCACCAGCUGCGAAACCGACUUAAGCCUCACGAAGGGAAAGGUGAAGCGGACCGAGGGGAGGAGCAAGUCGAGCAAGCCGAAGAACCUGCCGUUACGGGCCCUCACACCUACCGUCCGCGCUGGUCUGAUGUCAAGACAUCAUUCAGCUUGUGGUCGGCCGUGAAAGUGGUUGCGGGGGCUUUCGUCUUGCUCCACGUGAUCCGUUUCACUCAAAGCCUCGUUCGGCCGGACCUCUUCGAGACUCCCAUCCUGACGCUCAAUUGGUACGGCUGGAAUGACUGGACACACAACGUCGGCCAAUUUUUCCCUUCGCCUCUUCUUCAUCCUCUCGGCGUACUCACAGAUGACCAAUACGACGAUCUCAAAGACUAUCUAGAACGGAGGACUUCAGCGACCGAAAAAGUUGUGGACAAUCUCAAGUCGGUCCUCCCGAAGGUUGUCUCGGUGAAGAAAGACAAGAAGGGCAAGAUAAUCAUCGCGGAUGAGUUUUGGGCCGCCCUCAAGGCUCUCAUUCAACACGACAACAGCAUCCUAUCAUUGGAUGGCAAAUCUCACAUUUCCGAGACACACUGGAAAGCGAUCGAGCAACGGUUAAAGGAUGCCGGUCUCCUUGGCAAGCCUCUCUCAGCCGACGACGUGGCGCGGAUUGUGGAUAAGUCAGCACCAGCGUCUUGGGAAAAGUGGCUGGAGAAGAACAAACAAAAGGUUGCCGACACCAUUGGACAGGGCAAGGGUUCGCCCAAGGGACCACCCAAAGAGCCCGAUGAGGCUCUAGUCUCGAAAAACGAGUUUAUUCGUGAGCUGACGGAUCGAUUGGCCAAGUCGAAGAACGAAGUCGACAUCGAGAUGGGCGGUCUCCGCAAGGACCUCGACGGUGUCCUACGGGAAGUCAGGAAUCUCGCCUCUGAAGGCGGCAUGACCAAAGCCGAGACCGUCACGCUCAUCAACAAAGUGGUCGACAAGGAAAUCGUGCGCCGCCUCGCCCAAAUAGGAAGCAGACCGGGCGCCGCUAAGAUCGAUGCCAUGUUCCGCAACCGCGUAAACUUCUUCUCCCCAGGCAACAACGCCCAAGUCGACAUCUCGCUCUCCUCCCCAACCUACGAACUCGACGCGCCCCCGGUCGGUUCCCAGAAAUGGCUCAAGUCCAUGCGCCUGCAGCCACAAUUCCUGCAGGACAAGUCGCAGGCGCUGCGGCCGUGGUCGGACCCGGGCCACUGCUGGUGCGCGGCGACGCUGGGCCACCGCAACCGCACGUACCCGGCGACGCUCGCGGUGCAGCUGCCGCGCUUCGUGAUCCCGCAGCACGUGCUGCUCGAGCACAUCGACCCGGCCGCGACCACGGACCCGCUCGCCAUGCCGCGCGACGUCGAGGUGUGGGCGCGCAUCGAGGAUCCGGACCACCACGACCGCGUGCUCGACUGGAUGGCCGUCCAGUUCCCCGCCGACUUUGGCCCCCCCGCCAACGACAGGCUGUUCGAGCAGGGCUUGGCCAAGAUUGGCCACUUCGUCUACGACCACCGCGCGCAAGACGAGGGCGUCUACGUGCAUGCGCUGUCGCGCGACUUGGUGGACCGGUUGCGGGCCGCGACGGAUAUGGUCAUGCUGCGGGCGGUGUCGAAUUAUGGCGCCAAGGACCACACGUGCUUUUAUCGCGUGAGGUUGUAUGGAGAUGAGGUGGGGGAGUUGGAGACGGAGUAGGAGACAGGGGAGUGGUGAGGAGGGGUGGAAA